CGCCCGCAGCCUGUCAGUAGCCGCCUGUCAGCACCGCCGACCCCGCCCCUACGUCACCACUGCGUCAUCCUACGUCACCGCGCCAGCUAGGACGUCAUGUGACGGCCGCCGCCCGGAAGCUGGGGGCGAGGCCCGGGGCGGGGACAGAGGCCGGACGAGAGGCCUGGAAGGAGCCUGGAGCGCCCCCUAGGGUGACCCAGGGGGAAACGGAGGAAGCCCGGAGAAAUGCAGCGGCGUCUCCCCGAUUGUCGGAAGCUCCUCCCCGGGGCAGGGGGACAGCCUGGGGGCCUCAGGGGCCCAAGAGAGGUGUGUGGAGCGGGAGAGCCGCCAUGGGCCCUCGGGCAGAGGAAAGGCUGGGAGCAGCGCGUCCAGGAGGCUCCAUGGGGGCGCGGCCGGGUGGAUGGCUGCUUCUCACCCCCAGAUCCAGCGCGGUGCCGAGCGUUUCCUGAGCGCUCCCUCCUCCCCCUUCUCUCCUGCGAUCCUGCCCCUUCCCUGGAGCAUGGCCUCCUCCAGCGGACCUGCCAUUCAGCCACGAAGGGCUUCCCAAAGCCCGGGAGCUCUGACUGCAGGGGGCGCCCCGUCUCUGCUUGGUUUGGCCUUCAAAGCUCUUCAUGAGCUUGUUCCCCCUUACACCUCGCUCUCCUGCGUCACCCCAGAGCUGGGCCUGGAGUCAGGCAGGACCCGAGUUCAAAUGUAGCCCGGCACACUGACUAGCCAUGUGACUUUGGGCAAGUCGAGAGCCUUAGGCUGUGCAGCAGGAUCACCUCAGGAGAAGGGGGUGGCUAAUGGGUUGGCCAAGCCUAGCCUCUCCCAUGAUGCUCUCUUCUGCACAGAAAGUGAGUAUAGGAGCUGUUGUCUCUCCUGGGUUCAGAAACUGAGCUGCUUCAGUUCAUUGGUCUCCCAGAAACCCUUGUUCCCAACUAUUCCAACUGCCCCUGAGUGGCAUCUGUUUCCAGCAUUCCAUCUCAUAUCUGUGUAGAGCAUUUCAUUCACCCUCUACCUUAGUUUCCCCAACUAUAAAAUGGGGAUCUUACUAGCGCCUACCUCAUGGGCAUAAGGGGUAAUUUUAGGGGGUUUUGACGAAUAUAUUAUCCUUAUGGUCGCCAGGGAUGAAUUCAAAUCCCAAUAAAAAUACUCAAGUCAGUUUGGGAAUUUUAUGGUGGUUUAAUUACUAUAAAGGGAAGGAAUUAAGAAGAAGAGAGAGAGAGAAAGGAAAUGAGACUUCUCCAGCCUAACCUGAGCCAAGGGGAGUUCGGAGACCUCAGCCAUGAGGCCUCCUCUGAGAUGAGGGGCCUCUUAGGAGGAUGGCGGUUUAGGAAAGGUAAAGGAAAAAAAAAGGAAUCAGCCUAAACUCUGAGAGAGCUCAGGGAAGAUGCCUCACCUGACCCACGCCAAGACGCCAAAAUGCUGCCACGAGCCACACUGCUGGUCAAAUCCAACGUCUCCGAGAGAGACCCUGGGCUCAACGCCUCUGCUGCCAAAGAGAGACCAGCAAGAGGAAGUGCUGCUAAUAUAUAGACCAUUUUUUAUAUCACUUCCUGCGUCUCACAUGUACCAAUGGUAGCUUAAGCUUGACUUAGGACAGCCCAGGGGUCUGUCAGCUGUUUCUGAUUUGUCACUUGCUAGCACAUGUCUGUCAUAGGUCAUCCAAAAUUCAACUGUUACGAUUAAAAUUUAGGGGAAACUGAGGCAAGGUAGAAAUUAGUUUCUCUCUGCAAGGAGUAUUAUAUUUUUAGAGGUUUAUGGAAGAUUAAAAUAUAAAGAAAAUACAAAUAAGAAAGGCACAUGUCUAGGCCACUCACAUCUUGCCGCAUGUGCUCCGAAGCGGAAGUAGGAAAGAGACCCAGUAGCCUUUACAGCCUGGUUAAAUAGAAAUUCUUGACCUUGGCCCAGGUGGAAAUCUCAGUGAGAUUAGAGGGCAUUCUGGGAGCUAGCAAGGACUCCUAAGGAUUGGAGUCCGGAGUUCAAGUCUCCAUUUUUACAUUCCUCAACACAACCCUUAAGCAGGGGUGUAGACAUUCCUGACUGCUAGAUUAAGCAGGGUAGAGUGAAUCUAAAAUCCACACGGGUUGUUUUAAGAAUCAAAUGGGGUAUUUGUAAAGUGGCUCAAAAGGGCAACAAAAUUGUGCUUAUUCCUUUCCCUGAUGUGGGCAUUUCCUCUGGCUUCCAUGCCUGGAAUGCUCUCCCUCUACAUCUGCCCCUGAAGCUUCCUUCUGUCCCUCAGCGAGAAGCCUUCUCUCUGCCCUGUGUUCCCUCUGCUGCUUCCCCCCUUGUUCUCCCAUCUGGUGGUGAUGGGGCAAUUCUCAGGCUUGUUCCAACUGCUUCCCCUUAGGGACCACAUCAAGUUACUUCCUCCUUCCUUCCUUGGCAAUGGAGCUCUCCAGUCAUUAGAGUGCAUAGUCAGUCAGCAGGAUCAAUACGGCGAUUAAACGCCUACUCAGUGCCAGCAGCAGAAUGCUAAGUAGACUGGUACUGAGGAGGCUAGAUGGCUAGCAGUGCCAGGCAGAAAGGAAAGGCCGGUCUGGUUGAGCACCCAGCGAGAAGCUGAGCAGCUAAAGCCAGGAGCUGGCUUUUGGCCCUCAAGGGAAGCAGGAGUCCUGGGCCUGCUGAGUGGAGGACGGACUGGCAUGAGGCUGCGGCUGAUUGGCUGGGGGUGGUUGGAAUCCUUCAUCCCGGAGGAGGACCAAGAUGGCAUCUUGGUGGGGUCUCUAGAUCUGGCUAGAAACUGAAGAGAAGUGAGGCAGGGAGGUACACAAUCAGCAGCCUCCCCUCCCUCCCUCUUCCAGAGGCAGGAGACAGUCAAGAUGACUGGGGAUGGCCUGGAUGCGGCAGGCGGCCCUGGCCUCCUCUAUGUCUGAUCAGGCCCUCUGGGCUCCACAGAGCCUGCUUCAGCCACCUUUGUGGCCACUGGAACAACUCGUCCCCAUCCUCCCCUUCCCAAGUCUGGGUCCCUCGGCCUGCCCAGGGGUGUGACCUCCCGGCAUGCUGCCGCUUCUUGGAGAGCGGGGGUCCCGGGGCUGAUGGGACUGUGGCCCCUGGUAGGCCGGCCGGGAGCCCGUGCUUUGCUGAGGAAGGUGGAGGGGCCGAGACUGGCAUGGCUGCUGGCCCUGGGCUGUCCUCUGUCUCGGUGCUCGGCCCAGGGCCUGGCACAUAGUAGGGGCUUUCCUGACUGCAUGCUGGAUGGGCUCUCGGCCCAUGUCCAGCAAGGCCACCUGGCCCCAGAGCCAGCCAGUCCCCUUCAAGCGGGCCGACCUUUCUAGGGCUCAAAAUGGAUGGAGGGACCCGAGGCCCCUACUUCACAUUUGGCCUCGGGCUCCACCUCUCCAACCUGGGCUGCACAACUACGGGAUGGGCGGGGCAGGCCGGCGGAGGGGCGGGGCCAGGCAGAACCGAGGGCCAAUGGCAUGGGCUCCACUGCGCAGGCGCCGAAAGUGGCGGCACAGUGCACUCCGACCAUGUCUCAGCGGCCUCCACGGAACUUCCGCCGGCGCCAGGCGGACUCGGGCUCCAGCUCUGACCCCGACCUCGACCCUGAGCCCAGUCCCGAUUCGGGCCUCACCGGCCGUGCCUCCGAGCGCGCAUCCGGGGCCUCAGGGAGUCGGGGCCGCGCCCGCGUCUGGGCAACUUCCCGCCGUGCAGAGACCCGGCCAGCUCCGAAGCGCGAGGCCCAGGACUUCUCCGGGAACAGCGGGGACUCGGCAGGCCGCCUCUCUGAUCCGCCGCGAGCCCCGGCCCACGCAGACUUCCUCCCUCUGAGUGGGAGUCCCCGGCAGCGCGGCCUUGCUUUGAAGGGGAGCAGUGACAGCGACUCCGAGGAUGAGCCUGACCCCCGAGGCCAAGCGACCUCCUGCAGCAGCGAAGGCCCCGAUGCUGCAAGCUCCGAGGAGGAGGCCCAGGACGCCUGGGAGACCCAGCAGAUGAGGAAGGCACUCCGAGUCCCUGGAGGGGGACCAGCCUCGGGCCUCUGCCACGUCCCGACGGGCCCCGCAGGGAAGAGAGUGUCCGACUGGGCCGGCUCCUUCCCCCCCGUGAGCCUGGAGAGCAUCAAGAAGCAGCUCAGCAGCCGGGGUCACCGGCUCUGGUCCGCGGGCAGGUUGGCGUCCCUGGAGGACGUGCACCGCUGCCACCAGAGGGAGUACGAGUGCCGCCGGCAGGACGCCGACAGCGCCAGGAAGGCCGUGGCGGCCCUGCAGGAGGCGCCGGACCCGGCCCCGACCUACGCCUUCUACAGGAGCCUGAAGGACUACCUGGCGGUGCUGCUCGACUGCCUGAGCGAGAAGACGGCGGCCAUCGAGGCGCUGGAGUCGGCCCUGCGCGCCCUCCUCCGGGAUCGGGCCGCCUCCCGCCUGAAGCGGCGGCAGGAGGAGCUCCGCAGCGAAGCGGCGCACCUGCAGCAGCUGGCGGCCAGGAGCACGGACUGCGCCCCGGACGCCCCCGGACUCUGCGAACAGGCCGCGGCCCGGAGGUCGCAGGGAAGCCGCCCGCAGCCUCGGGAAGGCCCGUCCAGCGAAGAGGAACCAGAGGAGGAGGCCGACCUCCGGGACAGGCAAGGGGACAUCUCGCGGCGCGGCCAUAGGGUGUUUGAGGACGUCGGCGAGGACUUCUCUGACAGCCGGAAGAUCCUGCUGAGAUUCGAGCAGUGGCGCGAGCGCUUCCCCGACUCCUACCGCGACGCUUACGCCAGCCUCUGCCUCCCCAAACUUCUCGGGCCCUUCAUCCGGCUUCAGAUGCUGGACUGGAACCCCCUCGAGCCGGACUGCGCCCCCCUGCAGUGCAUGGCCUGGUUCCAGUCUGUGCAGGAAUUCGCCGGCGGCCCAGGGGAAGACGGCCCCGACGGGGGGAUCCUGCCAGCUGCUCUAGACAAGACGGUGCUUCCUUACCUCACGGGCUUUGUCCGAUGCCUCUGGGACCCUCUGUCCACCUCGCAGACCAGGAGCCUUGUGCAGCGCUGUAGGGAAGUGCUCGGCCUGCGGGCAGCUGCAGGAGGCGGAACGGGGCUCGCCACUCAGGAUUUGAUGGACUCUGUUGUCUGGAGGUUGAAGAGGGCCAUCGAGGAAGAUGUCUUCAUUCCCCUUUAUCCUAAACGGGUCGUGGAGGACAGAGCCCUGCCACACGCCGCGUUCCAGGAGCGACAGUUCUGGUCCGCAGUGAAGCUUUGGAACAACAUCCUCCUCUGGGAUGGCCUCGUCCUGGACGACACCCUACAGGAGCUGGCCCUGGACAAGCUGCUCAAUCGCUACCUGGUCGUCGCGCUCUCCAAUGCCAGCCCUGCGCCAGACGUGCUUGACAAGUACCGCAGGGUGGUGGAGAGUCUCCCGGAGAGCUGGCUCGGCGCGGGGUCCUGCAUCCCUCGGCUCGCCAGCCUUGCCCAGGCGCUGGCCCGGGCCGCGCAGCAGCUGCACGACCAGGACGCCGGGCUCGGGUCUGCCGUGCGGGACCUGGUCCUCCUCUUGGUGAAGAUGAAGGCUCUGGCCCAGGCCCGGGCCUUUGUGGAAAGAAACGGGCUGGCCGCGCUGAGCCCCCACGUGGCUGGCCAGCUGUGAAGGGGGGAGGGGAGGGCGGAGAAGCAGCCACGCCGGAGGAGCCAGAUAAACUUUAUUGUGCCCGCGC